UGCUUUAAGUCCCAGUGGACGGAGUUCACUCCAACAAACACCAGCCGAGAACUGGAGAGGAGCUGCAGCUACAUAAAAAGGGGACCUUCAUCCAAACAGGCGCGAGUUGAUCGGACGCAGUGGAUAAAAAAACAGUGACAAAGGUUUCCAGUGUCAAACUCCACUCAAUGUCCCGGAGAAGAGAGGAAUUAAAGUCAGAGGAGCCGAAGACAAAGCAUUAGUCCUCUACUGUAAAUGGACACAGUGAAGAUCUCGUAAAGGACACAUCAUUUAGACCGCCUUGUGUCCUUUCCCUGGAUAGUAUAUCAGUUUGCUUUAUAAAAGCGCGAGAAGCCACAAAGAUGGAUGUGGCGGCUGAUCAGCCCCGCUGGAUGCACCACCACGCAGUGCUGAACGGACAACACCCGGACUCUCACCACCACGGCCUGGGGCACAACUACAUGGAGCCCACGGCGCAGCUCCUGCCUCCGGAUGAGGUGGAUGUUUUCUUUAAUCACCUGGACUCACAAGGAAACCCGUAUUACCACAACCCAGCCAGGGCCAGAGUGUCCUACAGCCAAACGCACGCUCGUCUGACGGGGACUCUCAUCCACAGCCCGGGGAUCUCAUGGCUGGACGGAGGGAAACCAGCCCUGUCGGCUCACCACCACCACCACCACAACGCCUGGGCCGUCAGCCCCUUCAGCAAGCCCAGCCUGCACCACCCGGGCUCCGCGUCCCCCGGCGGCCUCUCCGCGGUCUACCCGUGCAGCAGCAACUCCAACGCGGUGUCCGCAUCCUCUUUAACGCCGCCUUCCCACUCCAGCCCGCAUCUGUACACUUUCCCUCCCACACCGCCUAAGGACGUAUCACCGGACCCCGGGGCCGCGUCUCCCUCCGCCACCAGGAUGGACGAGAAGGAAUCUAUCAAAUACCAAGUGUCGUUAUCGGAGGGCAUGAAGAUGGAGGGCUCCAGCCCGCUGAGGAGCAGCCUGGCCUCGAUGAGCUCGCAGACCUCCUCCACCCACCAUCCCAUACCGACGUAUCCCACCUACUCUCUCGCAGCGGCGCACGAAUACGGCAGCAGUUUGUUUCACCCGGGCAGCCUGCUGGGAGCAUCACCCAGCUUCACCUCCAGGAACAAAGGCAAGACACGGUCCUGCACCGAGGGCCGUGAGUGUGUAAACUGUGGAGCCACCUCCACACCUCUGUGGAGACGUGACAGCACCGGACACUACCUGUGCAACGCCUGCGGGCUGUACCACAAGAUGAACGGCCAGAACAGACCACUCAUCAAACCCAAACGCAGGCUGUCUGCAGCCAGACGAGCGGGCACCUGUUGUGCUAACUGUCAGACGACCCUCACCACACUCUGGCGGCGCAACGCAAAUGGAGACCCCGUGUGCAACGCCUGCGGCCUCUACUUUAAACUGCAUAACGUGAACCGGCCUCUGACCAUGAAGAAGGAAGGAAUACAGACACGCAACCGAAAAAUGUCCAACAAAUCCAAAAAGAGCAAGAGAGGCAGCGACAGCUACGAGGAGUUUACCAAAAGCCUGCAUGACAAGAGCUCUCCCUUCAGCUCUCUGGCCGGACACAUGUCCAUGGGCCACCUGCCUCCUUUCAGCCACUCUGGACACAUGCUUCCCACGCCCACCCCGAUACACCCUUCCUUUGGGCACCCGCACCACUCUAACAUGGUGACGGCCAUGGGUUGAGAGGGACACUGGGGGACCCUGAGAUGGUUGAGGGUCUUGCUAGAGGACAGUGUGUACAAUGUUUCAGACAUGCAGUUUGUGUGUCUUCAUCUUGAUUGUCUCUUGAUUGAUUACGCCAAUGGUAUGUUGGAGAACUGAUGUAUUGUGGGAGGAAAUUACCUUUUUACUCCUUAUCUAUAGGUACCUAUUUUGAUGAUGGAAGGCAGAGAGUGAUAUUCCGCUUCCUGUCAGCCAGGCACCCACAUGUAAACACAAAAAUGUCUUUGCACCUCAUAGGUUUGUCCCCACUGACAGCCUGACUGACUGCAGUGUGGCUCAGUAUGUGCCGAACAGGUUUAUAGUAACUGUGAAUAUUGUAAAUGUGUGAGACUGAAGGGGAUGUCCGUGGCAAGGGAUAUCACCUUUGCAACAGUAAAUGAGAAUAUGCUGGACUUUUUUUUUUUUUUUUUUUUGCUUAUGGACAAUUUUAAAGAAAUUUUCACAAAAGAAAGAAAGCAAACAAAAAGGUUUAUGAAUCCUAAUUUGACACUGUUUAUUAUAAUUAUUGUUAUUAUAAUUAUUAUUGUUAUUCAGAUAAUUUAUUUUCACUACAUUUUUUUCUUUUACUAUAUCACCUGAAUUAUAACAUGGAUACUGUUAUCCCAGUUAUGAAUAUAUUUUUAGCUGAAGCGCUUUCUUUGAGCUGGUCAACAUUUAUACUCGUAAGAAAUAAAAAGAUCAAGUUCAUUAUCCAAUCUGCUCCUUCUAUUCAAUAUCCAAUAUUCUGUAUUUGAGCCUUCAUAAUAACAACAGUUACAGAAAUUCAUUUGCCUUAUUGUGCUGUCCUUCAUGCCAUGUGGAACAAGGUACCAGGGUGAACGUAGACAGAUACAUAUGACCAUCUUCAUAAAUGCACCUUCAGACAUUCAAUUAAUACAGUUAAAAGCUACAUUGUCAGUUCCACCUAUUUGUUUCUCUGUACCACUAUAAAGGCCUUUACACACUGGAUUGUGAUGAAUAAAUGAUACGAAAAUGUGUAA